UCAGCCGAGCCUCGCAGCGGGCUCCCUUCUCUGCUCCUCUGCUCCUCUGCUCCUCUGCUCCUCCGUGGGGACUGACAUGGCCCAGAUGCAUCAUGCCUGCGUCCUGGAUCCCAAGUGCGUCCAGAAGCUGGUGCUCAGCUCCCACGAGGCCAAGAAAUUCGCCUACUGUCCCUACAGUCACUUCCCCGUGGGGGCUGCUGUCCUCACCAGGGACGGGAAGAUCUUCUCCGGAUGCAACGUAGAAAACGCCUGCUACCCGCUGGGCAUCUGUGCAGAACGGACUGCUAUCCAGAAGGCCGUCUCAGAAGGGUACAAAGAAUUCAGGGCCAUUGCUAUUGCCAGUGACUUGCAAGAUGAUUUUAUUUCGCCAUGUGGGGCCUGCAGGCAAGUCAUGAGAGAGUUUGGCACCAACUGGGAUGUCUACAUGACCAAGCCAGAUGGCACGUAUCUCCUCCGCACGGUCCAGGAGCUGCUGCCUGCCUCCUUUGGGCCCAAGGACCUGCAGAAGAUAAAGUGAAGAAUGCCUACUGCCUGGGAAAGCUGGGUCCCCACAAGGGCUUCAGGGGACAGCUGCCCGGAGAACUUCAUGAAGACGUUCUCACAAACCUGGGUCACCUCCCGCUGAGCCCCAACCCCACAGGGGCUGGGCAAAGAUGACUUUUCCAAAUGACAUUCACGCACUGCCAUCUCACACCAGCCUGUGCCAUAACUCCUCCGGUCACCCAUCCUGUCCUCUGCAGACGCGAGCACCCCAUUCCCUCCUUUCCUUCCUGCGGGCCCACCUUCAAAUUCCAGCCAAGUCUGGAAUGCUUCCCCACUAGCCUUCCUGAGGUUCUAUCCUGUUCAAGUGACUUUUCUAAUUAUAAACAUCACAGCACAUCCUGACACGG